AGGAGCGACGGAAGCCGAGAGGGACCUGGGGCGGAAGGGGACCCGGGCCAGGCUUGUGUUCGGUUCCUUGGCGGGGCUGGGGUUCCGAUGUGGUCCCCGGAGCGGGAGGCCCAGGCCCCGACCGGGGGAGACCCGGCGGGCCUCCUGCCGCCCGAGUGGGAGGAAGAUGAGGAGCGCAUGUCUUUCCUGUUCUCCGCCUUCAAGAGGAGUCGCGAGGUGAACAGCACCGACUGGGACAGCAAGAUGGGCUUCUGGGCACCGUUGGUGCUGAGCCACAGCCGCCGCCAAGGGGUGGUGCGCCUGCGUCUGCGGGACUUGCAGGAGGCCUUCCAGCGGAAGGGCAGUGUCCCGCUGGGUCUGGCUACGGUGCUGCAGGACCUGCUGCGUCGAGGCGAGCUGCAGCGAGAAUCAGACUUCAUGGCCAGUGUGGACAGCAGCUGGAUCUCCUGGGGGGUUGGAGUCUUCCUGCUGAAGCCCCUCAAGUGGACUCUUUCUAACAUGCUGGGGGAUAACAAAGUUCCAGCCGAGGAGGUGCUCGUGGCGGUGGAGCUGCUUAAGGAAAAGGCUGAGGAGGUGUAUCGCCUAUACCAGAACUCACCCCUCUCCUCCCAUCCUGUGGUGGCCCUGUCAGAGCUGAGCACUCUGUGUGCCAAUUCCUGCCCAGACGAGAGGACCUUCUAUCUGGUGCUGCUGCAGCUGCAGAAGGAGAAGAGAGUCACGGUCUUGGAACAGAAUGGAGAGAAGAUUGUGAAGUUUGCCAGGGGGCCACAUGCCAAAGUGUCUCCUGUGAACGAUGUGGAUGUUGGGGUCUACCAGCUGAUGCAGAGCGAACAGCUUCUCUCUCGAAAGGUUGAGUCUUUAUCCCAAGAAUCUGAAAGGUGCAAAGAGGAAGCCCGCCGGGCAUGCCGAGCUGGAAAGAAGCAGUUGGCACUGAGGUCUCUCAAGGCCAAGCAGAGGACAGAGAAACGCAUUGAGGCCCUGCACGCCAAGCUGGACACUGUUCAAGGCAUCCUGGAUCGCAUCUAUGCCUCCCAGACAGACCAGAUGGUUUUUAAUGCAUACCAAGCUGGUGUGGGAGCCUUGAAACUCUCCAUGAAGGAUGUCACGGUGGAGAAGGCAGAGAGUCUUGUGGAUCAGAUCCAGGAGCUGUGUGACACGCAGGAUGAAGUUUCUCAUACUCUGGCUGGUGGGGUAACCAAUGGUUUAGAUUUUGACAGUGAGGAACUGGAGAAGGAGUUGGACAUCCUCCUUCAGGACACCACCAAAGAACCUUUGGACCUGCCUGACAACCCCCAUGAGACGCUUUAUACCAACAGUGUGCCUAAGCCUAGGAUCUUGGAUGCUGAACUUGAAGCUGAACUUGAGAAACUGUCCUUAUCAGAAGGAGGUUUGGUCCCAAGCAGUAAGUCUCCAAAAAGGCAAUUGGAACCGACUCUCUAAAGCCAUUGCAGGAACUCAAGUGAAGGACCCUCCUGUCACAGAGGGACAGCCUUGUGUGUGUACAUAGUUAUUUAAUGAGAAACACUGAGAAGUUGUUGAAAGAGGAGGAAAGAACCACUUGGAUCUCUCUGGAGGGUGCCGCUCCUGACAGGACAGGUACAGCUCCUGGAAGCCACGCUGUGAGGGUGUGCUCCGAACUGAUGCCAUGGACCUACCUUCUCGUCUCUAUAGUGCCACAAUUUAUACAGUUCUGUGUGUGACCGUCGUCUGCUAGCCUGCAGUUCUUGCCAUUGGCUCCGUUAGGUUUGUCUUCACCCACCAGCUUCGUUGCAGCCAGUGAAGGUGAAAGGUUUGCAGCUUUGCCCAUCAAAGCCAGCCCUGUCUUCCACUCCUAAGGUUUUUAAAACAAAGUUUGUUAUCUGCACUGCCAGUUAAACCGCUCCCCUGCCCUCUGCUUUAUUGGAAUUAAGAAUGAGAGUCAAACAAGUUUUACUCAGAGAGACCUAACAGCUGAGUGUCUGGAGAAACAUUGUCCACAAGAUGUUUCUCUACCUGUUAUGUCAAAUUCUCUGAAUGGUUCAAGGUCAUGGCAGUUGCAGGGGUGGCUUUUGUCAUUGAGCGCCACAACCUCUUCCAUCUUAGGCAGAAGCAGAUCUGCUGAUGGGGGUGGGGAAGGGGUUAAUCUGUCUUUUGAACCUGAGCAGGAGAAACCUGAGUCAACUACAGGCUCCACGGUGUAAAAAAAGCUAAGUUUUUGCUUUGGCCCCAUCAUAAAUUAUGUGUGUUUUCUGGAGCCAGCCACAUGGUGCCACAGUCCCUGUUUCUCGAGCCUGACACUCACUGUUAGGAUCUGGAAAGCAUCUCACCAUGUAUCCACCACUCAGGGCAGGGGCCUGAGCCAAGAUGUGCAAUAGGAGGAGGUGGCCCUGGCCUGCUGCAUCUGUGUGUGCUGCCCCCUGCUCUGCCCUGCACCUGCCUUCCGCAGGUGUAUCCUCUUUCCAUGAACUGUGGGGCAGGCAGGAGAGGGUAGGUAGGUCUGAAUGUUCAGGUGGCCGCGUGGAGAGGAAAAAUGACAGCCACACUGCCAGUCUGCCGUCCAGAGCCAUGUCUGCCUGGAUCUCUUUGCACUGCCCCUCCUGCUUGUGGUGGCACAGAGCAGAGGGGAGGACUUUGCUUCUGACCAGGAGCACGAAUCACUGUUCAACGAGUCUCUCCCUCCCGCUCAGCUUUGGCAAACAGAAAUAUUGGGGGUGAAGAAAAACAAUCACUAUUUUUUCUUUUUUAAUCUGGUAAAUAAUUAUUAAAAGAGAAAACCCAG